AUGUCCCCGUCAGCCUGGUCGUUACAAGGUGCAACGAAAAAUUUGCCUCGACAACUACGGCGACCUGGACAAAGACGGGAACUGCGAACUGGACUUCCUGGAGAACGACGAUGCAUUGAAGGCGUACAAACAGGCGUUCGAAUCGUACGAAAAAGCCGGCUUUGGGACCAUCACCGCCAAGCUGACAUUCGCACAUAACGCUACUGCGGAACAGCUCAGGAAGAAGAUCGAAAAAGAAAAGUACAUACAAGCAACCGCUGAGCAGGACAUCAGCAAGCAGAGCAAGAAAAACACCUGGAAAUUCACAACACAGGAAGAGAAGGAAUUUAAAAGUUGGUUCAUCAAGCAAAGACAGGAUGCCUGGCACAAGUAA